GCCCCGCAGGUGAGGGUCGCAGGGCAGGGACGCAGGGCUCCGGGGCUUCCUGGGGCUUAAGGAGAGGGCCUGAUAGGACGUAGGGUUCUACAGCUGGGUUGGGGGCCUCCGCAGAGAGGCCUGGGGCCAGCGAGAUGGUGCAAGAGUCCAUAUUGGUGUUCCCACUACUCUUUCGCUUUUAUUUAAUUUGAGACUGGGUCUCCAGUAUUCUAAGCUAGUCUUCAAGUGGGUGUGUAGCUCAGGCUGGCCUUGAACUCCUGGCCUUCCUGUCCGAAGAGCUGGAUGACAGGCGUGCCUUGCCACACCUGGUUUACAGGGGUGCUAAUUCUAAAGCGUCGUGCUUGCUAGGAGAACGCUCUUCCAACGAAUUACAAUCCUAGCUUAUGCUUUCAAUUUCUUGAGUCAGGAUUUCAUGUAACUCAUGAAUUCCAUGGCCUCGAAUACCUGGUCAUCCUUCCUCCACCUCCCGAUUGCUGGAAUGAAAGGCAUUUGCUGAUACAUGGUUUCUGCAGCGUUGGGGUUAGAACCCCGGGUCUUGUGCUUGGUAGACAAGUGCCCUGUUGCCUGAGCUAUCUCCCCAGUGCCCUACUACGAUUAAAAGCUGGAAGCAGACUUGGUGAUAGAGGCAGGUUGGAGCCAUCGUCUCUGUUGUUGGGAGAUUCAGCAAGAGACAUUAAGUUUCUAGCACCAAUCCUUUAUUGCUGGAUCCUUUAGCAGAGAAGGUGGCCAGAGUCAGGAACCUCUACUAAAAGUUCACCUUUUUCAAAUGAAUAAGUUAUAAAACUUAUAAAGAUUGCUGUCCCAAGGCCUCAGUGACAGUCCCCACUGCCUCAAUUACCCCAACACCCUUUUCUUGACAUUCAGCUCAAUAACUUUCGAUCUUGACCCUCUUGUUAAUUGGCUUGUUUUCUGACUUUGGCUAAGUGGCUUUGUCUUUUUUUUUUUUUUUUUUUUGGUGGUUUAUCGAGACAGGGUUUCUCUGUAUAGUCCUGGCUGUCCUGGAACUCACUUUGUAGACCUUGAACUCAGAAAUCCACCUGCCUCUGCCUCCUGAGUGCUGGGAUUAAAGGCGUGUGCCACCAUGCCUGGCUGGGCUUUGUCUUUCUGUGCUUGUUGGAUCUUUCCUGUGUAAGCUAGGGUUUCCCUACUUUCUGUGCUUAUAAAGAUUCCAUAAUAACAGCUAACCCAGCUGCAGUCUGUGGCUCAGCGUGUGAGGUCUGUGUUCCUUUCAACAAGCCAGGGCCAGUUCCUGAUCCCAGCAGCAUGGCGUCUUGGGCUGAGCCCUCUGAGCCUGCUGCCCUGCGACUUCCUGGGGCCCCACUGCUGGAGGGCUUUGAGGUGCUCGAUGGGGUUGAUGAUGCAGAGGAGGAAGAUGACCUAAGUGGGCUGCCACCACUAGAGGACAUGGGACAGCCUACAGUGGAGGAGGCUGAGCAGCCUGGAGCCCUGGCUCGGGAGUUCCUGGCAGCCACAGAGCCUGAGCCAGCCCCAGCCCCAGCCCCGGAAGAGUGGCUGGACAUUCUGGGGAACGGAUUGCUGCGGAUGAAGACACUGGUCCCAGGCCCGAAAGGCUCUAGCCGCCCACUCAAGGGCCAGGUGGUGACCGUUCACCUGCAGAUGUCCCUGGAGAAUGGCACCCGUGUACAGGAAGAGCCUGAACUGGCCUUCACGCUGGGAGACUGCGAUGUUAUCCAGGCCCUGGACCUCAGUGUCCCGCUCAUGGAUGUGGGCGAGACAGCCAUGGUUACCGCUGACUCCAAGUACUGCUACGGCCCCCAGGGCAGCAGGAGCCCAUACAUCCCCCCCCACGCAGCCCUGUGCCUGGAAGUCACCCUGAAGACGGCAGAGGAUGGACCCGACCUGGAGAUGCUGAGUGGGCAGGAGCGCGUGGCCCUGGCCAACCGCAAGCGGGAGUGUGGCAAUGCCCACUACCAGCGUGCCGACUUUGUGCUGGCCGCCAAUUCCUAUGACCUGGCCAUCAAGGCUAUCACCUCCAACACCAAAGUGGACAUGACUUGUGAGGAGGAAGAGGAGCUGCUACAGCUGAAGGUCAAGUGUCUGAACAACCUUGCGGCCUCACAGCUGAAGCUGGACCACUACCGAGCAGCUCUGCGCUCCUGUAGCCAGGUGCUGGAGCACCAGCCGGACAACAUCAAGGCACUGUUCCGCAAGGGCAAGGUGCUGGCUCAGCAAGGUGAAUAUAGUGAGGCCAUCCCAAUCCUGAGGGCUGCCCUGAAGCUGGAACCUUCCAACAAGACGAUCCACGCAGAGCUCUCAAAGCUGGUAAAGAAGCGUGCUGCACAGCGGAGCACAGAGACCGCCCUGUACCGAAAGAUGCUAGGCAACCCCAGCCGGCUGCCUGCCAAGUGUCCGGGAAAGGGGGCCUGGUCCAUCCCGUGGAAAUGGCUGUUUGGGGCGACUGCCGUGGCCCUGGGGGGCGUGGCUCUCUCUGUGGUCAUUGCUGCCAGGAACUGACUGUCCCCCUGCUCACCUGGACCCCAACCUGUGCUCCCUAACUCCCCCAGGCUCCCUGUCCAUUGCCCUCCCUGGCUGAGAUGCCUCCUAUGGGUUUGGGGAGCAAGGAUUGAGGGUCAAAUAACCCAAGAAGCAGGAAGGACUGAGACCCUGAGGGGGGACAUGGGGUGCAGCCCAGAGGGAGGGACCCUGUUCUUCUAGACCCAGUUGUUUCUAUCCCACAACCCUGUCCUCUGGGGUCAGGCCUCGGCUGUGACAGCCUCAGUUUUCCCUCUCAGUAGGCCUGGGGCAGCACUACCAUUCCUUCCUGCCCGUCUGCACCCUCUGUCCAGGCUUCCCCACAGUGAAUUAAAUAAAGCCUCACCCCACACCCUA